AUGGUGACAGAGGAACAGUCAGCGCCCCCGCUCGAAGUUGGGAUGGGCACGCCCGGCGGUCCGAAGCGGACUCCGCUGACUCCAGAGCAAUUGCGGAGAAUAGAAAGCAACCGCCAGAAGGCCAUAGCAAUACGGGAGCAACGCGAAGCAGAACAGGCUCGGGCUGAUGCUUCAUCUACAAAAGGUGUCAAGCGAACCUACUCCUCCAUGACUGCCUCCGAUCCUCCGGCGACUCUGCGCGAUGCGGCCUCUACAGAUAACCGCCCACUAGAUGGCAUCAAGCCGGCGCGCAACUUCACCAAGUUCGUUGAAUACGACUUCUCUAAGAUCACCGACACGAAGGGCGGGUUCUUGACCGAAGAAGAUGACCGGUUCAACAAAGCCCUUCACGUUCGGGAUGAGAAAGCGGAGCAGAAGCCAGCGCACAUGACGCAGAAGGAAUGGGAGCGACAACAGCUGCUGAAGAACCUCCAUCGAGAUCGAGCGGGAAUUUUUGAACCGGGGCUCAGUGUGUUGGAUGAGCGGACGCAACAGAAAACAUGUCGAGAGUGUGGCAGCUUAGAAAUCGACUGGAAAUGGGAGGAAGCCUUCCGGUGCUGUGUCUGCCAUGCUUGCAAGGAUAAAUUUCCGGACAAAUACAGUCUGCUUACCAAGACCGAGGCACGAGAGGACUAUCUCUUGACCAAUCCCGAGCUUCAAGAUGAGGAGCUCCUCCCACAUCUUGAGCGCCCGAACCCGCACAAAUCAACGUGGAAUAACAUGAUGCUGUAUCUACGGUAUCAGGUCGAAGAAUACGCCUUUUCCGCCAAGAAAUGGGGUUCGCCGGAAGCAUUGGACGCGGAAUUCGAGCGACGCGAGAAUGAGAAGAAGCGCCGGCGGGAGGUCAAAUUCAAGAGCAAACUGGAAGACCUCAAGAAACGUACACGAGUCGACGCAUACCGACGAAGCCGUCAAGGAGCAGCCGGCGGUAAUUUCGGCGAUGACUUGGGGGGUGGUGGACGACAUGUACAUCAGUGGGGUAGAUCGGUUGAAGAUCCCAAGACGGGGAUUGGGGUCAAGAAAUGCGUUGACUGCGGGAUGGAAGUCGAAGAACUCGAAUUCUAA